UUCUGGAUGCCCCUGCCCUCCACACCCUUUAUCCUCUCUCUAACCUCGACUUGUGCCACUCCCUCUUCCUCACGCGCGGAGCGUCUCUUCCCACCACAGCCGCUUCCUUUUCGGGGUUGCACGGCUCCGCCUCUGCACUUUGAGUGCGGAGCUGGCUUGCGGGACCAGUCGGGGUGCCACCCUCUAAACGCGGCACUUGGGGCCAUGGCUCUGGCCUCCGUCUCACUCCGAUGUUUAGGUAGCGUCCUAUGGUUUUAGUCCCACUUACGCUACUGACCACUUGAAUGAUCUGGUCUCCGUCUUGGGGUUUCAGUUCUUUCUUUUUGGAAGCCCAAAGGGUUUGUCCAGUUUCGGACCUACCAGUAAGAAAAUUACAUGAUCUUGUUUAAGGUUCCUCGUGUUUAUGGGCUCUCACCUGUUUUUUCUUAUCCCCCUUCUUUAAAAUCUUACUUGUAUUACUGUAUUUAGAUUCAGCCACCCAGUGCCUUUGUGUUCAGUGACCGUUGAGUGGGAUUAGAUAUGUCAUUAUCUCAGAUGGAGAUAAAGACAGGACUGAAGAAAUUCUGCGUUAGUCCCAGACUUUCUCCGAGUUUACAGAACAACUUUAACUUUGUUCGUGCUUUCUAUUGGAGAGAAAGGUGACUAUUAUAUGGUUAAAAAGAUUUUGGAGGAAAACAGUUCAGGUGACUUGAACAUAAAUUGCGUAGAUGUGCUUGGGAGAAAUGCUGUUACCAUAACUAUUGAAAACGAAAACUUGGAUAUACUGCAGCUUCUUUUGGACUACGGUUGUCAGAAACUAAUGGAGCGGAUUCAGAAUCCUGAGUAUUCAACAACUAUGGACAUUGCACCUGUCAUUUUAGCUGCUCAUCGUAACAACUAUGAAAUUCUUACAAUGCUGUUAAAACAGGAUGUAUCUCUACCCAAGCCCCAUGCAGUUGGCUGUGAAUGUACGUUGUGCUCCGCAAAAAACAAAAAAGACAGCCUCCGACAUUCCAGGUUUCGUCUUGAUAUAUAUCGUUGUUUGGCCAGUCCAGCUCUGAUUAUGUUAACAGAGGAGGAUCCAAUUCUGAGAGCAUUUGAACUUAGUGCUGAUUUAAAAGAACUAAGCCUUGUGGAGGUGGAAUUCAGGAAUGAUUAUGAGGAACUAGCCCAGCAAUGUAAAAUGUUUGCUAAAGAUUUGCUUGCACAAGCCCGGAAUUCACGCGAAUUGGAAGUUAUUCUAAACCACACAUCUAGUGAUGAGCCUCUUGACAAACGAGGAUUACUAGAAGAAAGAAUGAAUUUAAGUCGUCUAAAACUUGCGAUCAAAUAUAACCAAAAGGAGGUGUGUAUUUCUUUUCAGUUUGUCUCCCAGUCUAACUGCCAGCAGUUCCUGAACACUGUUUGGUUUGGACAGAUGUCAGGUUACCGACGUAAGCCUACCUGUAAGAAGAUAAUAACUGUUUUAACAGUUGGUAUCUUUUGGCCAGUUUUGUCACUUUGCUAUUUGAUAGCUCCCAAAUCUCAGUUUGGCAGAAUCAUUCAUACACCUUUUAUGAAAUUUAUUAUUCAUGGAGCAUCAUAUUUCACAUUCUUGCUAUUACUAAACCUGUACUCUCUUGUCUACAAUGAGGAUAAGAAAAACACAAUGGGGCCAGCCCUUGAAAGAAUAGACUAUCUUCUUAUACUCUGGAUUAUUGGGAUGAUUUGGUCAGACAUUAAAAGACUCUGGUAUGAAGGGUUGGAAGACUUUUUAGAAGAAUCUCGUAAUCAACUCAGUUUUGUCAUGAAUUCACUUUAUUUGGCAACCUUUGCCCUCAAAGUGGUUGCUCACAACAAGUUUCAUGAUUUUGCUGAUCGGAAGGACUGGGAUGCAUUCCAUCCUACACUGGUGGCAGAAGGGCUUUUUGCAUUUGCAAAUGUUCUGAGCUAUCUUCGUCUCUUUUUUAUGUAUACAACAAGCUCUAUCUUGGGUCCAUUACAGAUUUCUAUGGGACAGAUGCUACAAGAUUUUGGAAAAUUUCUUGGGAUGUUCCUUCUUGUUUUGUUUUCUUUCACAAUUGGAUUGACACAAUUGUAUGAUAAAGGCUAUACUCCAAAAGAACAGAAAGACUGUGUAGGCAUCUUCUGUGAACAGCAAAGCAAUGAUACCUUUCAUUCGUUCAUUGGCACUUGCUUUGCUUUGUUCUGGUAUAUUUUCUCCUUAGCGCAUGUGGCAAUCUUUGUCACAAGAUUUAGCUACGGAGAAGAAUUGCAGUCCUUUGUUGGAGCCGUUAUUGUUGGGACAUACAACGUGGUGGUUGUGAUUGUGCUUACCAAGCUACUGGUGGCAAUGCUUCACAAAAGCUUUCAGUUGAUAGCAAAUCAUGAAGACAAAGAAUGGAAGUUUGCUCGAGCAAAGUUGUGGCUUAGCUACUUUGAUGACAAAUGUACAUUACCCCCACCUUUUAACAUCAUUCCUUCACCCAAAACAAUCUGCUACAUGAUUAGCAGCCUCAGUAAAUGGAUUUGCUCUCAUACAUCGAAAGGCAAGGUUAAACGGCAAAACAGUUUAAAGGAAUGGAGAAAUUUGAAACAAAAGAGAGAUGAAAACUACCAAAAAGUGAUGUGCUGCUUAGUGCAUCGUUACUUGACUUCCAUGAGACAGAAGAUGCAAAGUACAGAUCAGGCAACUGUGGAAAAUCUAAAUGAAUUGCGCCAAGAUCUGUCAAAAUUCCGAAAUGAAAUAAGGGAUUUACUCGGCUUUCGGACUUCUAAAUAUGCUAUGUUUUAUCCAAGAAAUUAAUCACUUUCUAAAUUAUGUAGAGAGUAAUUUUCAGUAAUAAAGACUAUGUUUGCAUAACUUGCAAUUAAAUCAAUAAGAUACAUAUUGAAACAAUUAUGUAAAAGCCAUUCUUUAAAAUAUUUAUAGCAUAAAUAAUUUAUGUAAAAUAUGUAUAUAGAAUUCGUUUUUUAAAAACUUUCUGUUAAUGGCUUUUUCCAGGAGCGAAACAGAUUAAGGAGGUAGAUUUUGUAAGCAUGCUGCUUGGUUUUCUUACUUGAAUAGUGCUCUAAAAUUUUUUCUUUUUAUGUUCAAGAAGGUCAGUUAUAAUUGUACACAUUGCCAGAAAGUUCUAUAAAUGAAAAUCAGUAAAUGCAGCUGAUCUCCAUCCAUAGGAUAACUUGAAAUAAUAGAAUUCAUGGUUUUUAAAAUCUCUGUGUCAGGACUUCACAUAUAAUUCAGUAUUUAUCAUUUAAGAGUAUAGUUUUAUUUAAAAUAAUAGUCUAUUUUUUUUAUUUUGUUAUAAUCCUAAUAAAAAACCUUAAUGAA